AUGGGCACUGAAGUGACGCCAGAAGAGCUACUAGAACUCAUCCGACGACUCUAUGCGCCAACCUCGUCAGCAGAGGAACAGCGCCAGGUUCAGCAUGUCCUCUUCGAAGCACAGCGAUCAACAGGAGCAUGGCAGUGGUCCUCCUGGCUUCUCACCUCUCCCCAUGACGCCCAGUCACGCUUUUUUGGCGCCCUCACGCUGUCAAUCAAGAUUUCUCGUGACUUCAUCUCCCUGCCCGAAGGACACCAGGAACAGCUCAAACAAUCUCUCAUGGAGAUAUUGUACCACUCUGCCCCACUCGCUUACCCAGCAAAUCACGACGCGACCGCGAACAGUCUGAACGCCGCAAGCUCAGAGAGGAUCGUGCUGCGUAAGCUGGCAGUCGCGGCGACAGCGCUGGCCAUCAAGAUAGCGCCCAGGGAUUGGUCAGAAUGGCUUCUCUCGCUCAUGACGCUCUUGUCGAGCGCACCUUGCUCUCGUCAAGCCGUCUUUGAGGUCUUGGCUGUCAUCACCGAGGAGAGCGAGCGCGCAGAUCUCAUCGGCAAACGAAGGGUACAGUUUGAACAUACUCUGACAGAAGCUGGAUCUCUCGUCGCGCGCACCAUCAUCGAUACCCUCACGACUUUUCCCUCGUCGCACAAUGACGCAGAUCUCAUCGCUGCCUUACGAUGUCUGCAAAGCUGGCUCACCAGUAAGAACAUACGCUACGAAGACCUAGACCGAAUAUACCCACUGACGCUGCCGCUCUUACUACACCCUCCCACAGCGGAGCAAGCGUCAGAUUGCAUAGAAGAUUUCUUGGCCGACCUCGACUUUCUCACGCCGACGCGCGCUGAGCCAUUGUUAGACUACCUCUCAAGCCAAUACACCUCUCAAGCUAUUGCGGAGGCUAUAGAAAACGAGAGCGAUACAGACAUUCUGCCCACGCUCAAGCUACUGGUGGCCACGUUCGAGCACUCUGCAACGACCAUCGUACGAAGCAUGGCUUCGCAGCGUUCCGUCACACUCUUGCGCCAUCUCCUGCUUCUCAGUACCUUCCCCGGUACUUUUGCAGUGGAUGAAGAGGUCAGCAUCAUCGGCCUGCCCACUUGGGUUUACCUUCAAGAGGAGAUGGCCGAUGAGGGUCUGCACGGUACAUCAACGGGCGAUGACCAAGGAAGCGAAACGGUGCAGCGCUGGAAACUGGGUCAAGAGAUCUUUGCUGAGCUUUCGACAAGAUUGCUCGUCAAACUGCAAUGGCCUCCGGAAAGCGAGACACAAGGCUGGACUAAAGACACAUUCAGUAGAUAUAGCAACUAUAGAAGCGACGUUGGCGACACGCUCAUACAUGCGUAUUAUGUGAUACGAGUCCGGUUGCUCGAGUUCCUUGUCAGCACGGCAAUCGAACGAUCAGCCCAAGCAAGUAGAUCAGGUGGUCCAUGGGAGCCAUUAGAAGCGUGCCUUUACGCUUUGCAAGCCAUACAAGAAGCAAUACCGGAAGAGACAGACGCUCACCUUCCAGACGUGUUUGCUCGGGUACUGACAGCCCUGCCUGUCGAUGCGCCAACGAGAUUGACCGAAACCACAUUACUCCUGAUAGGUAACUAUACUGCAUGGCUGAACGAGCAUCCUGCCUACAUCCUCCAGGCUCUCACCUUUGUCGCUGCAGCUCUUUCUCGCGAGAGCGUCUGGCGAAGCGCAGCGAUGGCGAUCAGACGGCUAUGCUCUACUUGUCGUGUGCAUCUGAUCGGCCAUGUCGGAUCGUUCGUUGCACUCGUCGCCAAUCUAGAAGGCAGGUUGCCCAGCAGUGACUUUGCAAAGGUCGUCGAGUCCGUCGCUGCUGUCGUCCAGGCAAUGCCGAUGCAAGAUGCAGUACCGCAUAUAUGCUUGCUGGUUCAAGGAACGCUCCAUCGGGUUGCACAAGCCCACGCGAGCUUGUCAUCGCCAUCAGACUCUACUGCUGCUCGAGAUACUGUUCUGCAAUCGCUCGCUGUGCUGUCAGCAUGCAUUCGAGGGCUAGCAGAGCCAGAGGCGGACCUGCUUCUGCUCGACGGAGAUGCCGAAGGCUCAAACGAAGCCAUGCGAGCUCAGUACUUCCAGACCGACGCUCGCCUGAUCGAAUUACGUGGACAGAUGCUAGCAUGCAUCUGCACCAUCCUACCAGCAGCCCAAAACGAUGUCGAGCUGGCCAUCGCCGUCGGUGAGCUCGUCAGACAGAGCACGACGACUCCCGUCGUCACUCCGCUCUCCCUCGAUCCUGCCGACCUGCUGUCGCCUCUAUCGAGCGCUGUCGCCACCAGUCUUGACCCCUCUCUCCUCGGUACGCUCACCGCAGUCAUUGCGGCUGCUGCUCGGGACUCGCCAGGGGAUAAAGCGCUGUCGAGCAGCACGACUGCUUUUACCGCGGUCUUUCGAACUGCAGGCUCCCAUCUCGCCUCUCGAUCUCUACUUGAGAGCCAUCCCGAUGUCGUACACGCUCUUUACGACUUUGCUGCUGGGGUACGCGGGUGUCUUGUGUCGUCAUCGCUUCGCACUGAUCGGGCAAGUCAGGUGCUCCGGCAUUUUCCCCAGGCUAUCGCAGGCUCGCCCGCUCUCGACCAAGCAUGCCAGCACUGCAUCCUCGCUAUGCAACUCUCCGAGCGAGUGGCUCUGACGGCCGUUCUACGCUUUGUCAGCAUGCUCGUGCACGAGACCUGGCAUCAAUACUCUCACGCUGCUUUGCUGAAGCCCACAGUCGAAAGACAUGGUCAAGAGAUCGUCAUAGUUGCUCUCAAGGGCAUCAGUGGCGAAGCACCGAGGAGUGUGUUGGACCCCUUCGGCGAGCUGUUCCAAGCGCUCUCAAAAGCUUAUUCUGCAGAGUUCCCUGCUUGGCUGCACACAGGCUUGUCUUCUGUCGAUCCUGUCCGCAUUGAUGAAGCUUAUCGGAUGCGCUUCAUCAAACAAAUCAAUGCAAGCAGGUCUUUGAAGCAAACUCGAAAAAUCAUCACCGAAUUUGCUCUCAGCGCCCGCGGAUUGACAGGCAGUGUCUACGGGGUGUCUUCGACAUGA